CAGCAUCCCCUCGCCGUCGACCAGCAGUGGUUCCAUCCACCUGAAGAUUUCUGAGACAGUUCUCAUUACCAGCGGUGGCAGCGCAGCACUUGGAAAGGGUGAAUCAAUGUGAGAGAGAGAGGGAGAGAGAGAGAGGGAGAGAGAGAGAGAGAGCGAGAAGACAGCCUCGGCGGCGGCAGCGGCUCUGCAGUGGAAUACGCUUCAGUUUGAGGGAAGGUGAGAGCGUUUUCUCUCUCUCUGGAGUUACCCACCAGGCGUUUGAGACAAACAUUCAGGACUUAAUCGCAUCAUCAUCAAAUAAAAGUAACUCCCGGGUCCUUCUCACUUCACAAAAAAACGUCAACGUCAAAUUCCCAGACGACACGUCGAGGGGGGAAAAAGGGAAUAACAUCUGUUCAUCUGCAUAUUUCUGUGCGGGGAUAAAAGUAGCGGAAAAAGCACAUAGAUUUGACGGAGGACCAAACAAUUCUCACAGGAUGUGGAACUAGAGGGUACAAAUUGCAGCUGGAGAAUAAAGGGAAAGUAAACAUUUUCUCGCAAAUCCACCAGUGUGGAGUCACCUCACCUGUACCUCCGGAUUAAAGAGCAGGGUCAUGUCCCAGUUGCCAUGCGCAUUGCCACGCUGACCUGCCUUUCCGGCCCUUCCCCCUUCCUCUUUUUACUGGCCCAGCUGCUAUUGCGGCUCCUCCUCCCUGGGCCGGAGUUGGUGGGAGCCGCCUCGCCCUGCCCCUCCCUCUGCACCUGCUCCAACCAGGCCAGCCGAGUCAUCUGCACCAGGCAAAACCUGGAGGAAGUGCCCGAGAGCAUAUCAGUCAACACACGUUACCUCAACCUGCAGGAAAAUUCAAUACAGGUUAUCAAGUCUGACACUUUCAAGCACUUGAGGCAUCUGGAGAUCCUCCAACUCUCCAAGAAUCAGAUCCGUCAGAUUGAAAUUGGCGCAUUCAAUGGCCUCCCCAACCUCAACACACUGGAGCUGUUUGACAACCGCCUCACACUGGUGCCAUCACAUGCCUUUGAGUACCUCAGCAAACUGCGGGAACUGUGGCUGCGCAACAACCCCAUUGAGACUCUGCCAGGCUAUGCCUUCCAUCGUGUGCCCUCGCUACGUCGCCUAGACCUGGGGGAGCUCAAGAAGUUGGACUAUAUCUCUGACGCAGCCUUCGUGGGCCUCAUCAAUCUACGGUACCUGAACCUGGGCAUGUGUGGACUGAAGGACAUUCCUAAACUGACAGCCCUUGUGCGUUUGGAGGAGUUGGAGCUGUCAGGAAAUCGGCUGGAGAUCAUCCGACCUGGUUCCUUUCAGGGCUUAGUGUCUCUCCGUAAACUGUGGCUCAUGCACUCACAAGUGUCUGUCAUUGAGCGCAAUGCCUUUGAUGACCUGAAAAACCUGGAAGAGCUCAACCUCUCCCAUAAUUCCCUCCACUCCUUGCCCCAUGAUCUCUUCACACCCCUUCACCAGCUGGAGAGGGUACACCUUAAUCACAACCCCUGGGUCUGCAACUGUGAUGUACUUUGGCUUAGUUGGUGGCUGAAAGAGACGGUACCUAGCAACACCACCUGCUGUGCCCGCUGUCAUGCUCCUCCAUUCUUAAAGGGCAAGUACAUUGGAGAACUUGACCAAAGGCACUUCAUCUGCUUUGCUCCCGUAAUUGUGGAGCCACCGACAGACCUCAAUGUCACUGAAGGUAUGGCUGCUGAGCUGAAGUGUCGCACAAGCACCUCCAUGACGUCUGUCAACUGGAUCACUCCUAAUGGCACGCUGAUGACCCACGGCUCUUACCGGGUGCGGAUAUCGGUUCUUCAUGACGGCACACUCAACUUUACAAAUGUCACCCUGCGAGAUACAGGCCAGUACACCUGCAUGGUCACCAAUGCUGCUGGCAAUACCACAGCAACUGCUGUCCUCAAUGUCACCGCUGCUGAUGCCAGUGUCAAUUACACAUACUUCACAACAGUCACUGUGGAGACAGUGGAAACCACCGGGGAGGAAGAUUCUGCACUGGUCGCCACCAACGAGACCUUCAUCAGUGUUCACCCUGGCCCAACUCACUCAGGCCACUUGUGGUUGGAGGGAGUUUCUACCACUGCAUCUUCUUUGUCAGCUGGCUCCUCUGCCUCUCCCCGGGCCACCAGACCCACCUUCACUGUGCCCAUAACUGAGCCAGGCUUCUCAGGUCUAGAUGAUGUGAUGAAGACCACCAAGAUCAUCAUUGGCUGCUUCGUAGCCAUUACUUUCAUGGCAGCGGUGAUGCUGGUGGUGUUCUAUAAGCUGAGGAAACAGCACCAGCUGCAUAAACACCACGGCCCUGCUCGUGCCAUCGAGAUCAUCAAUGUGGAGGAUGAGCUCGGGGCCGGGGCCAGUAGUCGAGGCAGCGGCAUCUCUGGAGGCUCCACUGUGGCACAGAGUGGGAGUAGUGGAAUAGGAGGGGGCCAGAGCCUCCGGCUGCACCACCCAGAGAUGGUCAACCUCCCGAACCUGGCCCGAUCAGAGCACCUUAACCACUAUUACAAAACCCAUCACUUCAAUAACAACAUGAUGGGACUGGGAAUGGGUACAGGUUCUGGUAUGGGCCUCAUCAACAACAACAACAACCCCUCGCCUUGCUCUCAGAACACAUCCUUAUCCUGUUCCAAACCCUCCACUGGUGGGGGAACAAAUGCAGUUGGCACCUUGCCCUCACCUGUGCCCUUGCCCCAGUUGGGUCUCCACAGUUCUCUGAAAGGCCUAAUGGGGAAAGGCCAAAAUGAGCCACUGCUCUUUAAGAGCUGCUCUAAAGAAAAUGUGCAAGAGACUCAAAUCUGAGUAAAAGUGAGAGUGGAAUUUAAGAGGUAAGGAGAAAGGGAUGCUGGAUAGAAACGAUGACAGAGAAAGCACUUGUUAUGAGUAUAUGAGACUGAUUGUAGCCUACUGUCCUUAUGGACAGGUUCCAGCAGAGAUGAAAUUUCACAUAGUCACUGCUUUGUGUGAAGCAGAUGGGAAGACUGAAGGAGAGAGAGGACAAAAUCUGACCACCUGUAAUCACACACCCAAUGUAAACAUCAGAAUCACCCAGUUAUCUCUGCAACCAGCUAUAGUAUUUGCCACAGUCCAAGAGCAAGGGAAGCUCUUUCCGUUUGCGUCCAAAAUCAGAGUGGAAUGAAUGACACACAUGUGCAGUAACUCGCUUUAGGUUUUCUACAGAUCACUUCUUAUAUAUCCAGACACAUUCAGUGUAUAUAUUUGGAAGGAGGUGAAAUAUUGGCUCUUGACUGUGUUGUCAGAUUAGUGUUUGGCAGAGACACCGAACAACAAUGGUUUGGGUGGAUGGUAUCGUCCUAGGUUUCCAAGAAGCAGGAAAACAGAACAGAGAAAACAAAAUCAGAGCAGUCUUCUAUCCAGGACACACGUAUCGCACUAAUAGUUUGCAGGGAGACAAAACAACAACAGUUGUUUUUUUUCAAAAGAGGUUUCACUCUCACUUUUUUUCAUACCUUACUGGCUACUAUCAUGUUGUUUGAAGAAGGAAAGAAACCAAAUGAGUUACCAUGGGAGAAGAGGAAACAUCUCAUGGCAUAAAGGACAAUGGAAGAUAAAUAAGAAUAUAAAGGGACUGAAAGUACAUAUUAUAUAUACCGUAAAUAUAUUUUCAUUCAAAGAAAUUAAUUAUAAAGAAUCCUUCUCAAGCGCUGCUUGAAAACUACGUCUGAAGAAUAUAUAAAACAACACAUAAAUACACAGCUGUUGUAGUGGCCCUUCCUUACAACUUCUCUCCACUUGGAACAAGAUGGCCGCUCUUGACUGUGCUGCUCAAGGACACGUGGGAGAGAGGCAUCCGUUGAAAUGGAGAUAAAACAACAGCCUGGCAACGUGAAUUUGAGUACAUUUAUUUUGGUCUGGACUUUUUUGUAGCCACACAAAGUGUUUUUUCCUUCCUGACGCAUUCGCAUUAACAGGGUCAUUGAAGAAAAUAUGAAAUACGACAGCAACGCCUCAUCAUUUGGUAUGCAGCUCAGCUACAGUGAUAAUAAUAAUGAUCGAAAUGGUAAUAAUGAGAACAAGCCAUGCAAUUAUUAACACAUUAAUGAUCAACAGUAGCUUAUGUUACUAAAAAGUUGCACAUGCUGAUUUAGCAGAGCAGUGCUGUCUAAAAAAAAAACCCUCAACCCAUUUCUAGAUUUGAUCGACGAUAUUGUUAUUUCGUUAUCAUUAUUAUCAUUCAAAUGAUCAUUAUUGUUACUACCUGUGCCUAAAAAAAAGCUGAGAAGUCCUUUUUUUUUUUUCAUUUGUAUAUGACACUGAAGGUGUUUUAUGACUGAUCCUGUUGGACCUCAGCUGAUGAACAGCAGUGGGACAUCAUUGUGCCACUAAGUGAACACGUUCAUCAGCAGGGAAUAACCUGGCCCUCAAAAUGGCUUCCUCCAGCUAGCCUCCACUGACGUGUCAAGCAGUCAGGACCCCUCAUAUAAUCACGCACUAAAGACAGGACAUGAACCUUUGAAGACUGCUCCUUUGCAGAGGAUCAUUUUCUCAACUGUAUCUCAGUGUUAACAUGUAUGAGUGGAUUUCAUGGCAGCGCGGAGCUAAAUGGACAACAGGCAUUGCCAAGCAUUUUUAAAGGUAAGCGAAGUUUGUUGGGGUGAAGGAGAAAGUGACACACACAGUACAGUAUACAGUCGUGACGGAAUCUUUUUCUAAAGAAAAUGGACAAUUCAAUGAAAAAAUAUAGAACCUUAUAGAUCUCUUUUAAAAAAAACAAACAAACAAAACAAAACUAUAUACGUGUUUUUUCAUUUUGGGUUUUUAUCUAGUUUUGAUUAUUUUCAGUUUUUUAAAUCAAGUGUUAUCUUUAUUGUAAUAUUGUUAUUGUUAUUAUAAUUAGCUAAUUACACUGGUUAUAAUUAUGAACGAUGUUCUGUUAGCAGAGGUCACUUUGAAAAAUUAAAAAAACCUGGCACAUAAAAUGACGGUCUGUGAAAUCUGGUGGCUAUUUUUGUUUUUACCUUUUGUUUGAAUCAACUUUAUUUGCAGUAUCACUCUUUGUAUCCCUUUGGCUCUGCUUUGGGAGGAGACACAGCGAAUGUGAAAUGAUCAGCACUGGGUCCUUGUUCUCUGCACAGGGGGACAGGAAAGACCCUGCUCUGGUUUACACGCUCACUCAUUGGCGUUCUGUGCUUUCCUGAAUGUCAUCGCCAUCACAGUGCUCAGAGUGCGAUGGCGCUAUGUCAACACCUCGUUGCCACGACUACACACUCCAAUGUACCAAACAGAGUCACCAUCGGCGCCUCGUAAAUCCACCUUGUUGCCCCUUGUCAGUCACAUUCCUUAGAGGUGCCAUAUCUCGACGAGCCGGGUAGUGUUCCUCCAGUGGUAGCAAAUCAACCUGAGCACUGUACCCAUGUUCUUGCAUAAAAUGCCCCUCUCCUCUCCUCUCCUCCCCCUCCUCCAGCUCCAACCCUCAGCAUCCUGACAUCAGGUUUCCUUGGCAACUGUUGCCGCUGCAACAGCCCUUAUCACAGCGUCUUGAUUUGGGUUUAGAAUGUUAAACAGAUGAGAGCAGAAUGGUAUAGAAUCUCAUUUGUGUGCACAAGCAUCCAAAGAUCCCCCCCCCCCCCCCCUUUUCUGCCAGGUAAUUUUCCCCAAUAAUGUCCUUUGUCGACAUAUUUGAUUAGUUUACGCCAAUAACUAUAUUUUGUGUGCCGCUGACUUUCUGUAACUGAGUCAUGCGAUUUAGACAAAUAUGUCCCCUAUGCGUUUAAUUUGCAUGUGCCCCACACCGUUGCUUAACUCAUUUGUGCACGCUGCACUUGUGUUUAACACUCAUACCCUGCAUCAGUCAUUUACAUAUUCCUUUCCCAGCACAGGGGAUCCAUACACUCAUCUGGAGUUAUUUACAUAUUCAUCUGCCUAUGUGUGUGCAAACGACAGAGACAUUAUCAUGUGGGGUACGAGUGUGGUGUGUUUCAUAUGCAUCGGUGGCUGAACGCAAGGACUGUUACAAAAGCUAUUACCCCUUCAUUCCUCAGAUAAUGCAUGCCCUGCCUAUUGCCUGUAGUAGCUCAUCACUUACGGAAGCAUUGUAUAGCUCCUACAGCUUCUGUCAAGUGGCGCAAACCAGAGGCCGUGUUAUCGAUGUUUCGGCGUAAGAGAGAGCAUCGGUUGAGCCAGAGACACACAGUCACGGCGCUGCAGUGUCUGAGUCACAGAGCACUGAACACACUCCCAACACUCUAAGGGAAAUGCUGUGUUUACUGUGCAGGAAGGGAUCUGCUCUUUCACCCAUUCAGGGAAUAGGUGAAAAAACACCAGUUUAUGUGUGGAUUAUAUUAUAAAUGUAUACAGCAGGAAGAAAUCAGGACAUUUGAAGCCUUAUGUUGUUUAUGGCAAAGGAUAUUCAAAUAAUGUUGCAACACUGCUCUAGCUAGGUGUUGAGUGAGGCAGUCAGAUCUCCAUUUUAUAUCCCCAUUUAAAACCCGCCCUGUCUUUCUCCUUCUGCUUCAGGCUACUUUUAUGAUCCUCUCACUGACACUUCAAGUAAAAACAGGAAUUCUUUCUUUUUUUUCCCACUUAAGCAGCUCUCCCUCCUCCUCUUAUUUCCUCCCUCUCGCCACGUCGGUAUCAGCCCAAGUGAUGAAAGGUCUGCUCAAACAGGUUGACCUCUCCAUUCCACAGAACAUCCCCAGCCUCUUUUAGCGCUUUGUCAAUCUGCCACGACGAGCUGAGAAGGGUCAAGGCCAGCGGCAGCUCUUGUUUACCUCCCAUCUUUAGCCAGCUAGUCAAGGUUAGGGUUGUCAUUUUUGGAUUGUGCCAUUUGUUUUUAAUUGUCUUGGAAUGGCUUGGUUUUAAACGAGAGUCAAACCUGCCGGUGAAGUGAUUUUUAACGUGCAGUUUCAGUGUCUGUAUUUGUGGUUAAUGUGGUUGAAUCGUUGUAAUUGUAAUGAUACACACUAAACGGAUUGGGCCUGCUGUCUUAUUGUGGAUGGGAUCACGUGUAAUCACAGGUAUGAGGGCGAUUCAGGUUCAGCGUGAUGCUCUUUCUGGCCGGCAGUGUGCAGGGCCAUGCCAGUCCCUGAGGGAGGUGUUGCACACACGUUAACCUCGGAACUAUAAACAGCGGUGUGAGCUUCACACUGCUUAAAUUCUUUUCUCUUCUUUUCUCUCACCCCUCCCUUUAAAAAAUAGCAGCGAAGUGACAGCACAUGACAAUGCAUUAUUGAUACCCCUGGUGUCACUGAUAUGUGUGCUUAUGCACCAGUGCUCACUUUUAACCCAUAGAGUGGCCAAAUACUGCUGUAAAUGAUAUGCAUCAUUAUUGCAAGCCACUGUGUCACUGAGGCCCCGUCCAAAAGCAGUCCUGCCUCCCCGUGCCUCUGCUGUGGGGUGUUUGGCAGUAAGGGGCUGGUUUCGUCACUAUCACACUGGUUGUGUGAGAUCGAUUUGGUUGCACCAGUUUUGAGAUGCCCGUGUCGGGUUAUGAGAGAUUUUAUUUCUGUCACGGCAAUGUCUGCGUAUGUUGGAGAUUGAGAUGCGAUGUCACGCGAACAAUUCUCGAUGGCAUCUCAUGUGAAAACGCUGCCCAGCAGCCACAUCGCCAUGUACACACACACACACACACACACACAGACAGACGCACACAUGCAAACACACUCUGACAUUGAACCAGUGAUUUAUCGAUCGAGAAGGGGCUUUCUUAAUCUAUGUGCAGCUGAGUGCAGUGGAGGUUGCCACGGACCUCUCAGCUGCUGCCACUCACGUGCGUG